AUGGAAGUUUGGUUAUCAGUGAAAACUGCUUCAGAAUUUCUAGUUUCCAAUCUUGGACGCAUAAAAAAUAAUAAAGGUAGGAUUUUAAGUGCAAAUCCCUGCAAAAGAAAAGGUUAUAUACGGAUAAAUCUAAAAAUUAAUGGCACUUAUACAAGUAGAGCUGUCCAUAUUUUAGUUGCACAAGCCUUUAUUUCUAAUCCAGAAAAUAAGCCCUAUGUUAAUCAUAUCAAUGGCAUCAAAUAUGAUAAUCGGGUUAUUAACUUAGAAUGGGUAACUCCUAAAGAGAAUGCUGAACGUAAAAUAUUCCCAAAUCCUAGUCAUAGUAACUCCAGGAAAAUUGUGCAAAAGACUCUGGACGGAAAUGUUAUUCGGAUUUGGGAUUCUAUAGCUCUUGCAAGUUCUACACUUAAGAUUUCAGGGCCUCAUAUCUCUCAAUGUUGUAGUAAAAAGCUGAACACUACUGGAGGGUGGCGUUGGAUGUAUUACGAAGAUCACAUAGAAAAAGAUCCAGAUGAAGAAUGGAGAGAAGUAAGGCUUAAUUCCCGAAAAUUCAAAGUUUCAUCUUUAGGGAGGGUUCAGUUACCCAACGGUUUAAUCUCAAGAGGAUCUCUAGAUGCAGGAUAUCUUAGAGUCGCUCGAGAAAAAUAUCGUGUUCAUCGCCUGGUUGCAUUAGCAUUUUGCCCUAAAGAAGAAGGUAAAGAAUAUGUGAAUCACAUUGACGGGGAUUCAAUAAACAAUAAAGCAUCUAAUCUUGAAUGGUGUUCACAAAAAGAAAACUCUCAGCAUGCUGUACGUCUCGGGCUUCGUAACUUCAAGGAUAGUAAUAAAUACCAACGUCCUAUCAGGCAGAUUUUUGACGACGGUUCUACGUGA